AUGUUAAUGGAAGAACUUGAUAUAGUAAUAGUUGGAGGAGGCAUUGCUGGUCUUGCAACUUCCCUUGCUCUUCACAGGAAAGGUAUAAAAAGCAUUGUGUUGGAGAGAUCAGGGUCGGUGAGAUCCGAAGGAGCCGCAUUUGGUAUUCAGACUAAUGGCUGGCUUGCUCUUCAACAGCUCGGUGUCGCAGAUAAGCUUCGUCUUGAUUCUCUCCCCAUCAAACAGAUAAGAGAUGUUGUGAUCGAGAAAGGGAUCAAACGAAGAGAAUCGGUCGGACCGGCGUCGUAUGGAGAAGUAAGAGGUGUUGUAAGGAAUGAUUUGGUCCGAGCUUUGGCUCAUGCUCUUCCUCCUGGAACCCUCCGACUUGGCUGCCAAAUUGCGUCGGUUAAGUUUGACGAAACGAUGUCGUUUCCGGUUGUUCACGUUAGAAACGGACAAGAUAUCAAAGCAAAAAUUUUGAUUGGCUGCGACGGGUCGAAUUCUGUCGUCUCUGGAUUUCUAGGACUAAACCCGACUAAAUCCCUCGGUUCUCGGGCCGUUAGAGGGUUCACAAGAUACCCGGACGGGCAUGGAUUCCGGCAAGAGUUCAUAAGAAUCAAGAUGGACAAUGUCGUAAGCGGACGACUUCCUAUAACUCACAAACUCGUCUUCUGGUUUGUUGUUAUGCUAAAGUGUCCUCAAAACUCGAACGUUUUUAAAAACCAAGAGGAUGUCGCAAGAUUCACACUAUCAUCGGUCCGCGAGUUCUCACAAGAGUGGAAAGAGAUGGUGAAGAAGUGCGAUAUCCAUUCCUUAUAUAUUAGCCGCUUAAGGUACCGUUCUCCUUGGGAUGUUAUGUUCGGUAAAUUCCGACGUGGCACUGUGACAGUCGCUGGCGACAGUAUGCACCUGAUGGGUCCAUUCUUAGGACAAGGAUGUUCGGCUGCGCUCGAAGACGGUAUCGUUUUUGCUCGAUGCUUGUGGAGAAAGUUAGGUCAGGACGGUAUGAACAAUGUCUCUUCAAGGAAGCAAAUCGAAGAAGCAAUUGAUGAGUACGUUAGAGAGAGAAGAGGGAGGCUCGUGGGGCUCUCGACACAGACGUAUCUUACCGGCAGAUUAAUCGAAGCUUCGUCGCCGAAAACAAAAAAAAAUAAGAUGGAAGAAAUCGGAAUAGUUAUCGUCGGCGGUGGAAUCGCUGGUCUCGCUACAUCCCUUGCUCUUCACAGGAAAGGAAUAAAGAGUGUUGUGUUGGAGAGAGCGGAGAAAGUGAGAUCGGAAGGAGCUGGAAUCGGAACUCUCACUAAUGGUUGGAGAGCUCUUGAUCAGCUUGGCGUCGCUCAUCGUCUUCGUCAGACCUCUCAACUUAUUCACAAAGCACGGACCAUGUUGAUCGAGAAUGGGAAAGAACGAGAAUUCGUUUUAACCAUCAAAGAUGAAGCUCGUUGUAUUAUAAGGAACGAUCUUGUUGAUGCCUUAGCGGAUGCUCUUCCGGAAGAAACCAUUCGGUUCGGUUCUCAAAUUGUUUUUAUAGAGGAGGACGAAACUACGUCGUUUCCGGUUGUUCACUUAUCCAAUGGAAAUACGAUUAAAGCCAAGGUUUUGAUCGGAUGCGAUGGUGCAAAUUCUGUUGUCAGUGAUUAUCUGCGGCUAGGUCCGAAAAAAGCGUUUGCUUGUCGUGCGGUGAGAGGGUUCACCAAUUACCCAAACGGCCAUGGAUUUCCACAAGAGCUUCUAAGAAUUAAGACAGGAAACGUCUUAGUCGGAAGACUUCCUUUAAACGAUAACCUCGUCUUUUGGUUUGUAGUGCAUAUGCAAGAUAAUCAUCACAACGGUAAAGAUCAAGAAUCAAUCGCAAACGUGACUGUCCAAUGGGUCGAUAAGUUAUCAGAAGACUGGAAAGAAAUGGUGAAAAAAUGCGACGUAGAGUCAUUAACAAUGACACACUUAAGGUACCGUUCUCCGUUGGAAAUCAUGUUUGGAAAAUUCCGUCGUGGGACCGUGACUGUAGCCGGCGACGCCAUGCACGUGAUGGGUCCGUUCUUGGGACAAGGUGGCUCGGCGGCGCUAGAGGAUGCGGUCGUUCUUGCUAGAUGUCUAGCUAAGAAAAUGGGUCCGGACCACGGAGACAACUUGGUGAAGAAGGACUGUUCGAUGAAAAACAUUGAAGAAGCUAUUGAUGAGUAUGUGAACGAACGUAGGAUGAGAUUAGUGAGGCUUUCGACGCAGACUUAUUUGACCGGACGUACGCUACAAACGCAGUCAAAGGUUGUGAGGCUAAUGUUUAUUGUGUUGUUGAUGUAUGUCUAUGACAAGAUGUGCUAG